CUUGAACCUGAAGUCAUGUGAUGCAGUCAUCUAAGUUCAGUACAGAAGAGUCUGCUGGGCUGCCAAAGCCAAAAGACAACCUACAGCAAUUGUGAGUCCUGGAAGAGACUCACAUAGCAACCUUUGGGAUUAUUGCUUAGCAACUGCAAACACACAGAGGAGUACAACUCACAGCCCAGACCUCAGCAGGUCUGAGAAAUCCCUAACUCACUCUGAGAUUUUUUUGAUGGUUGAGAACAGAUGGGCACAUAUUAAAUUCCUGUUCAUUUGCAAAGCUACUUUGAAAGCAGAAGGCAUAAGAUCUAUUUUGAUACCUUCUCCAAAGUGACAGAGGUAUGGCUGCUCAGCCAGAAGCAGCAGCUCAACCUGGGCGUCUAAAAGAAGCCAGUCUUGAAGGUAAAAGCAGCCAUGACACAGAAAUCAAGAGAGAUCAUGAGAAUGAUAAGCUGCCGUGUCUUAGUGAUGGUGCUCUAUGGAAAGACUGUUUUUAUGCAAAGGUACAGCAGAGAUGUUUGAGUCUGCAGGAGACAAAGGUGAAGAUGAUUCUUGCACAAAAGGCAAAAGAAGAAAAGGUGAAGAAGAGGGAACCCUGUGACUUGCUGACCAGAGAGUGGUUCAGUGAAGUGAAAGUGUCACUAGAUUCUCGCAUCUAUUUGCUUGACAAACUCCUACCUACACUAAUUCCAGGAAUGGAAUACCUCUUACUGGAAGUGGAAAGAAAGAAUGUGCUUGCACAAGAUGAAGAGUCAACCACAUUUAACCCCAUUAAUUUUCUUGGAGAAUAUCUGAAGAGACAUAACCCUCACUAUGGUAUUGCUACAAAGCCAACCCCCUACCUGAGAGGAAUGGAGAUGGUCACAGAGGAGCUAAAAGCUCAGGUGCCAGGUACAGCACCAGAAAGACUGGCCAGGAUGAAGACUGAGGCAAAGAAACAACGUAAGGAAAGGGAGCGGGUGGAAAAGAUGAAGUCUAGGAUGAAAGAGAUAAGAAAGGAGGAGCUGGCCAUUCAGUUCAAAAAGUGGAGAGUGGAUGUCAGUGGCAGAAUACCCCUUGCAAUGGUUCAGAGCGCCCUGAAGUCUUUUCCAGAGUUCAUUCCUUCUACUCCCAUAGAAGUGAUAGAAGCAAUCUCUGACAGGAAGCUGAAAAUUGUGAACACGUUGGAAAAAAAAGUAAACAUAGAUGAAUUCAAAGAGUAUGUCUAUUGCUUCACUGAAAAUUUUUCAAAUGACACGUUCCAACAAAUGCUGAAGCAUCUCUGUCAGUGUGCUGAUGACUUCCAAAGAGCAAUAAAACAUGAUAUGUGGAGGCAAAUGUUUGCUGAUCUCUUCCUAGAUUGUGAUUAUGGAAAGGUUGGUGUCUUAGACAGACAAAAAACACUUGCCCUGCUGGUAGAAUUCUAUGACAAGAACCCAGUGGUUGCCAAGAGGGGAUUCUGUAACCCAAGGCAGUGGCCAAUAAUUGAGCCACAAGAGAUUGAGCUUGCUGAUUUAUGGGGAGGCCUUGUUGACCUGAAGGUUUGUAAGGAGCCCAGUGAGAAGUUAGUUGUGUCUCAAACAGAAGUUUCUGAGGGAGUGGAUGAUGUGUCUGCAGUGAAAAGCACUGACUUUGAAGCCAGUGGUUUGGAUGGAGGUGCAAUACAGAGUGAGGAAUCCAGUUUUCAGGAAAAUACCGAAACUGAGAAGCAAACUGAUUCUGCAAGUGCAGACAGACAAGAGGAAGCUUUCCUAGGAUCAACCUCUGCUGGGUACAGUCCCAGGAGAGAUGGAGAACCUGGACCUGAAAAACAGGUGGAGAAAGAAGAAAUUAGUCUGGGUAGAGAGCCUGAUUCAGAAACAAAGAGGGAAGAUUAUGUUAGCUCAGCCGGAGAACCUGGCUCAGAAGGACAAGGCAGUCAGGAGGACAAUCAGACUGCAGAGACAACCAGCAUCAUUUCAGGACCAACACCUGAAGCUACAGCCAUGACCUCGGAAGACAAAGCUAUGGCAGACAUGGAUGCUCCAGUUGCAGAGGUUGUGAAGACAACUCCUACAGAAAAAGAGAGUGUUUCUGGGCAGCCUGGCAGCCAGUUGGACCAGCAGACAAGCUCAGAGACAAGACCGCCAGAUGAGGACCUUCUGCAAGACCAAGGUCCAGCAUGCUCAGACAGACAGGAUUCUCCAGAUGAAGCUGACCAGGAGUUUGAAGUGCCAUGGUCAGGUGACUUUCUGACUUAUGACCUAAAUCGCAGGUAUGGAACGAAAAUUCCAGAGGACUGGAAGUAUGCAAACACUAAAUUUCCAGACCUACACCCCCUCAUGGCAGGGAUUCAGGAGCGCUGGGCUUCUCCUACCAGGAGUGCCUUCAAUGAGAGCUGCCUCAACCUGCCACGGUUCGUGCACCUCAUGGAGACCUUUGUUGGUGAAGACAUUUCACUGCCUACUCUGAAGAGACUUGUUGCAUUUAUCAAAGAAGGAUACCAACAGACAGAAGAGGAAAAAAUGGAACAGCUACAAAAAGUUGACCACAGCUCUCGCUUGGCGCAACGGAAACUGCUGCUGGAGGCACUUUUUGAAAAGUGGGAUAAAAAUGCAUCUGGGCUUCUGAACCUGGAAGAGGUGAAUGCUGUUCUAAGCACAUUCAAGGAAGGGAUGGAAGAAGAAGCCUUGAGGAACGCAAAGGAACACCUCUGCUCCCGUUACCCACAGCUCAGCAGGGUGGAGAAGCUUACCCCAGUGGCAUUCCAGACUUUCCUGGAGUUGGUUGCUUCCGAGUUCCCUGGCAAUGAGGAUGAAGCUAUUGAUAAUAUGGUGCAAUUUCUGACCAGAAGGGUGAAACAAAGCCAAACGGAGUGUCUGCGGGGCCUUGCCAGGAGGAGAUGGCUGCACAGUGUCCAGCAAGCAGCUGAGACCAGCCGAGCAAGCAUGGAACCAGUUUACAAGGCAGUGUUCAGGGCCAUCUCCCAGGAUGCAGAAGCCUAUGGGGAUAACAAGAAGAUCAGUGCAUAUAUUGCCCUUUUGGAAGAGAACCAGCUCUCACCAGAGCGGGGACAGCUUCUCCUGCACUAUGUGGCAUGUACCACAGAUGAUGCUCCAUAUGUUCUAAACCAAACACUUUACAGAGACAUGAAAGGAGUAAGCUUCACAGCUGUGGAAGAGGGAAAGCCAAUCUAUGUUUCAAGAGUUCAUCUCCAUGGAAAUAUUCACUUCUGGAACAGAGACCGCCCAGUGGUGAAUACAAGAGGUGCAUUCCUGGUCCUGCCACUGCACGAUGCUCACUGGAGAGUCUUUGGCAUUCUAGGACUUGACACUCUUCGGGAUGAGUUUAAGGAAACCAUCUUCCCGACCCAUGAGAUCAGGUUCUAUCAGGGAGUCUCUCGUGCUUUCAGCAAAGCCUACCACCACAUCUGCAUGCUGGAAAGUCUUCUACAGAUGACUGUUACUGCUCUGGAAUGGUUGCACUCCCAGGCACCCAACAUCCACUCUGUUACUGCGUACCUGGUGGAGCCUGGCAAAGAUCAGACUUGUGGCUAUGCUCUGCACAAGAUGAUUACUACAUAUAAUGCAGGACAAAAAGAAAUUCAUAGCUCUCCUGUUCUUCUCAGAAAAGAAAGCCUCUUAAGAGAUUAUCUGUUUAAGUGCAUAGACAGUUCAGAGGUCAUUUGCACUUCUGUCUAUGGAGAAUCCCACAUUGCAGUUCCUCUCCGUGACCUCUCAGGAGGAGCUCUUGGCUUAUAUGAUAUCAGCACUGGACACCAGAAAUUGCCACCUCAGGAACGGAAAGACCUGCAGAAAAUGCUGAAGAUGGCCCAAGCUGCCUGCUCUGAGAUACUGAAGAUGUCUUCAGAGGAAACAGAACCAACCUAUGUACUAGAGGCAGAGCACACGGGACGUUUGCGGCACGCAGGGAUUCUGUUCCACCGGUUCAUGCUGCAGGACCUGCGCGAGUGCAUCCAGAAACUUGGUGCUGAACACUUUGCUGAAAUGAGGAGCUAUGCAGAACCACCAGCUCUGCUUCAUAACAUAGUGAAGGCUGUGCUGUUGCUUUUCCGUCCAGACUGGAAGGGCUCAAAGCAGACUGAGAACUGGAGUGAGUGUAUACUGAAACUUGACGACAAUUUGAUUCAGGAGAUUUAUUGCUUUGAUCCAACUGCUGCAUCUGUGCGAGUUGAAUCAGAGCUGCUGCUGGACUGCAUCACUGGUGUCCCCAGAGCAGCAGUGUGGCAGCUCCGCUCGGCUCCAGCUGAAUACCUGUACCACUGGGUACACACCUGCCUGGCACUAGCAGAGAUCACCAGGAGCCUGGACAGUAACAAAGCUCCAUCCUUAGCCCCUUUUGCUCCAACUCAAAUCUCUUCAUCCCUCAUCUAACAGUGCUUCUGGUAUUUGACAACUUUUAUUCAUUAACUGUUGUAUUUGUAUUUUUUUAUAGAUAGCUGUUAAGUAUUUGUUCAGAUGGUAGGAAGUCUGUUAGGGAUUAUUAAGGAAAAGCAAUACAAACAUUAAAGGAAACUAUUUUGCCAAUAUAGAUGCAUCUACUACACUUCAAAAGCUUGAUUGAAGGGGUUUUAAAUUAAUUCUCAUAAAAAAAAAGAGAUGCAGGGAAGAAUUUGACUCCCAAGCUACAAUGCUCUCAUAAGUGACACAGCAAAAAAUGUCAAGUUUCAGUCUCCUUGUUACUUUUUCGGAAUAUUUUUAACUAAACAUUCUUAAAUCAGCAUUUUGCCAAGUUCUUCUAACACGUUGCAGAAAAACUCAGCUUUCUUACUGGGAUAAAGCUGGAGAUCACAGCCAGCUGCGCUGCUGCUAGAUUUCAUCUUUCCAAUAAUGUUUCUAUUUUAGCAGAAUCCCUUUUUUAAAAUAAAAUGUUGGGAAAUUAAA